GCCGGAAGCCGGCUCUCUGAGUUCGUGUUUCGGGCCAGAGCGGCCGUUUCACCGGACGGAAGGCCUGGCCGGAAAGGCAGGCCGCGGAGGAAGCCGGUGGGGUCCGGGGUUGGCCCUGGAGGCAGGCGCUCGGGAUGUCGGCCAGCGCCGUCUACGUGCUGGACCUCAAGGGCAAGGUCCUCAUCUGCAGAAACUACCGCGGAGAUGUGGACAUGUCGGAAGUGGAGCAUUUCAUGCCCAUCCUUAUGGAGAAGGAGGAAGAAGGAACGCUGUCCCCCAUCUUAGCCCACGGAGGGGUCCGCUUUAUGUGGAUUAAGCACAACAACUUGUACCUGGUUGCAACCUCUAAGAAGAAUGCGUGUGUUUCUCUGGUGUUUUCCUUUUUAUACAAGGUGGUUCAGGUUUUUUCUGAAUACUUUAAGGAGUUGGAAGAAGAAAGCAUUCGGGAUAACUUUGUGAUAAUUUAUGAACUCCUGGACGAGUUGAUGGAUUUUGGCUACCCUCAGACCACGGACAGCAAGAUCUUACAAGAGUAUAUAACACAAGAAGGCCAUAAGCUGGAAACCGGAGCACCACGUCCACCUGCCACGGUGACGAACGCUGUGUCGUGGAGGUCAGAAGGGAUCAAAUACCGGAAAAAUGAGGUUUUCCUGGAUGUCAUUGAAUCCGUGAAUCUUUUGGUGAGCGCGAACGGAAAUGUCCUACGCAGCGAGAUUGUGGGGUCCAUCAAAAUGAGGGUGUUCCUCUCCGGCAUGCCAGAACUCCGUCUGGGCUUAAACGACAAAGUUCUCUUUGACAACACUGGCCGAGGCAAAAGCAAAUCCGUGGAGCUGGAAGACGUGAAAUUCCACCAGUGUGUCCGCCUCUCGCGCUUUGAGAACGACCGGACCAUCUCUUUCAUCCCGCCAGACGGGGAGUUUGAGCUCAUGUCCUAUCGCCUUAAUACUCAUGUAAAGCCGCUAAUCUGGAUUGAGUCAGUCAUUGAAAAGCAUUCCCACAGCCGUAUUGAGUACAUGAUCAAGGCGAAGAGUCAAUUCAAGCGGCGCUCCACCGCCAACAACGUGGAGAUCCACAUCCCGGUUCCCAACGACGCCGACUCCCCGAAGUUCAAGACAACCGUGGGGAGCGUCAAGUGGGUGCCGGAGAACAGCGCCAUCGUCUGGUCCAUCAAGUCUUUCCCGGGAGGGAAGGAAUACCUCAUGCGGGCCCAUUUUGGGCUCCCAAGCGUGGAAGCAGAAGACAAGGAAGGGAAGCCGCCCAUCAGCGUUAAGUUCGAAAUCCCGUAUUUCACCACUUCUGGAAUCCAGGUCCGCUAUUUAAAGAUAAUUGAGAAAAGUGGCUAUCAGGCAUUGCCCUGGGUGCGUUACAUCACGCAGAACGGAGAUUACCAGCUACGGACGCAAUAAUCUCAAGAAGCGAGCUGCCCCGGAUAAGAAAGGAAAUCGUCGGUUCAGAAGCGUUUGGUGCUGGUGGCUGCCGCCAUGAAAGGAGGAAUCCGACCACGUCCCCCACCCGCAACAGUCCUCGAUGCCGAUGUUGUGAAUGCCUUUUGGUUGUUUGUUCAUUUCCUGUGUCCUUUUCAGUAUUGUUCGCGUUAGGAGUAAGGGAAAGAAAGAGGCUAGAGGCCAGCGUCGGGGAAAACCAGACUAGUCUGAGGAGGGCUUAGGUGCCUCUGUGCCUUCUUUUGGAGGGUUCUCGUAGCUGAGUUACGCUGGCCAGAGAA